UAUGUCAGUCAUGUGUAUCUGUCUGUGGUUGGUACUGUGUGUGAACUUAUUUAGUAGCAAAUACAUUGUUGGUAAGCUAUGAAAUUAUGUGUGUGAAAAUAUUAUUGUGUUAUAAGUUGCUAUGACAACCUCUAUACUUUCGGUAUAUAUCCAUGUGGCAGUUUACCCAGUUUUGUCAGCUAUACAAAUCUUUAAUUUGUGAUGAUGAUGACGCUCCGCAGCCGGCAUGGGGCUACAAUUCCCAUCAUCCUUAGACAGCCAGGUAGAUCGGAGUUAUCAGAGAACUCCAGCCGACGCACACGUGUAACCUGUUUCUUUUUUCCUUUAGAAUUUAACAGUUUAUGGCCUCUGAGCCGGCAUUCAACAUCAAGAGGACUCCAUGUCGUUUCUUCGUUGGGUGUCAGACAGGAUCCUGGUUGAUGGAUUGAGAGAGUUGGAGUUCUUCGGAGACUCGCCUUUAGGGGACCCCCGAAGGAAAACUGAUGAAGCUGCCAGCUCAGAAUCGGUAGUGUCUUUCCGCGGUCCGGACGCCAUGGGGGUAUACACGCCGGACAGCAGCUGCUACGAACUGCUUACUCUGAUAGGAAAAGGUUUCGAGGAUCUGAUGAUCGUGAAUCUGGCUCGUUACAAGCCGUCCGGAGAAUAUGUUUGCAUCCGAAGGGUGAAUUUGGAGUCCUGCACCAAUGAUAUGGUAGCGUUCUUGCAGACUGAACUCCAUGUGUCCAAGUUGUUCAACCACCCCAAUAUCCUCCCCUAUAGGGCUACCUUCAUAGCAGACAACGAGCUCUGGGUUGUGACCCCUUUUAUGGCAUAUGGUUCUGCUAAAGACUUAAUCUGUACGCACUUCACUGAUGGCAUGAGCGAGCUGGCCAUAGCGUACAUCCUGCUGGGGCUCUUGAAGGCUCUCGAUUACAUUCAUCAUAUGGGAUACGUGCAUAGGAGCGUGAAGGCGAGCCACGUCCUGAUAUCGGUAGAUGGGAAAGUUUACCUCUCUGGCCUGAGAAGUAUCCUCAGUAUGAUAAAUCACGGGCAGCGUCUUAAGGUGGUUCAUGAUUUUCCCAAGCACAGUGCGAGGGUUCUUCCCUGGCUGAGCCCGGAGCUCCUGCAGCAGAACCUACAUGGAUACGAUGCCAAGUCUGACAUCUACAGUGUGGGGAUCACUGCCUGCGAGCUUGCCAAUGGCCACGUGCCAUUUAAAGACAUGCCAGCCACGCAGAUGCUUCUGGAGAAGCUGAAUGGCACAGUGCCUUGUCUGCUAGACACAGCCACGAUCCCGGCUUCCGAGCUCACCAUGAAAACCUCCCGCUCGGGAGCAGACUCUGGCAUUGGAGAGGGGACCUCCAACCGGCCUUCCAACGGAGAGCCUUCAUCGCACCCUUACAACCGCACCUUCUCCCACCACUUCCAUAACCUGGUAGAACAAUGUCUGCAGAGGAACCCAGAUCUCAGGCCAAACGCAGGCGCCCUCCUAAAUCAUUCCUUCUUUAAACAGAUAAAGCGCAGAGCGUGUGACGCCCUGCCGGAGCUCCUCCGUCCCGUAUCGCCAAUCACCAACUUCGAAGGAGCGACGUGCUCGGACCCCGAGGGCGUCAUGGGACUGGCGUCUGACCUGCAGCAGCUCCAUAUGGAAGAAGACUGGGACUUUUAAGGGGGUCGAGGAGUUCAGAAACCCGUUCAUGUUUACACCGCACGUACCCCAAGGGUCUUCGCGCAUGACUUACGACAUCACAUAAUGUAGGAAUUUCUGCAGCGCACCCGGAUGUGAAGUUAACCCUUGAAGCGGCAGCACUAGAACGUACUGUGCCCCCCCCUCCACAAACCCCCCGUGUGUUCACUUGCCUCUUCUGUACAUUUGAUCUCAAAAGAUGUUUAAGGAGCCUGAUCACAGAAAAAAUUACUGUCCAUCACCAAAAAUCACUUUAUUCACCUUAGAAGAGAGCCUGAUCCCGCAGCCAGCAAAAUUUCAGAAGAAUGCAGGUAUAAAAAAAAAAAACCCCAGUAUGAUGAACUCGCUGUUUUUGUGACUGUGCUCGAGUAAAUAUUUUUGGUGCUAGUCCUUCACCACAUUCACAACUUGUUUUUUUCUCCCCCUGUAUAUUUUGCGUCAAGUUUUUCUAAGCAGUGCCGGUGCGUUCAAAAUAUUUUAAUGGAUGGGAUUUUAUUAAACCGUACGCCGUCCCUCU